AUGUCGCCCUCUGCUCGCCCAGUGGAAAACGUAUGGAAGUAUCCUCGUCCACCUGCUCUGCAGAAGACGGCCUCCCGACUGAGGGUCAUAUGGGUCCAUCCCGGUGGCAAAGAGACGACCGUCGCUGAUACAACACAAGGCUACCGUGUGCUGGAGACCAGUCACCCUCCUACCUACUACUUUCCCCCAUCCUCCAUCCUCAGUCCCAUGCAGCUCAGAUCCUCCUCCGCCCGUCGGACCUACUGCGAGUGGAAGGGAACCGCCGCCUACCACGAUCUGGUGGGAGAGGAGGGAAAAGUGUUGAGUAAAGGACGCAUAUGGAGUUACCCGGACCCGACGGGGGGAUUCAGGGAGAUCAAGGACUUCCUGUGCUUCUACUGCUCCUCACGCAGUGAUGAGUCGACCGCGGGGAGCUGGAAAUGUCUGGUGGACGAGGACGUCGCAGCGCCGCAAGCCGGUGAUUUCUAUGGAUCUUGGGUUACACCGGAGAUUACGGGAGGGGAGAAGGGGUUCAAGGGAGGUGAGUCGGGAGGAAUGAUCCUUCAGGGCAGCAGCCCGGCCGGUUAUUGAGGACUAUUGCUGACCCACUUGCAAAUGGCCAACAGGCGCAGGAACAAUGGGCUGGUGAAGAGAGCCCACAGCGAUCGAAUGGCG